CCCGCCCCCUGCCGCGCUCUUCAUUAGGUGGUUCGAAGGAGGCGGCGGCCAAUGAGCGCGGGGCGGGCGGCGGUUAGGGGCGGUGGCCGGGUGAUGCGGGACGGGGUCCGGACAUGGCGCAGGCGGCGGCUGAGCAGGACGAGCGCAGGAGGCAGCUCCAGGAGUACCUGGCAGCCACAGGAAAGCUGAAACAGCCGAACACGAAGCCCUAUUUAAAUGACCGGAUUAAUCGCCUGGAUCCACUCCUAAAACCAAUUUCUAAACCAGAACAUGCUAACAGGAAGAAGAGGGAUGCUCUCCCAGAUGUGGCGAAGGACGCUCAGAGGGACAGCAAGCUUGCCUCCAAACCCACGCGGCUGGGUGGCCGCGCUGCCCCGCAGAAGUCUUCAAGUGCAUCCCGGGGAGUAGCCGUGGUACAUCCAGAGCAGCCGGGGAAGAGCACAAAGCUGUCCCUAGGGCUUGUCCUGGGUGUGAACCCUUCUACACAGCCCAGAGGGAGGCUCCCAGCUUCUGCCUCUGGUUCCCUAAACCCAGGAGGGACUGAGGAGACCGCACGUGGCCGCCCCGUUCCCAGGGCACCUUCGUCACUGAGCGAGGGCCUGCAGGAACAGCUAGACUGCAACAAAGAGAACUUCUCAGCACAAGCACCUACAAACCUUGUGCAGAGCAGAACUUUUCAGUCUGAUGGAAGCAGUCUCGGGAACAGGAGAGCCUUGGCUCAUAGGCAAACCUCAGGCACUGUGUCAAGCACCAUCCAGUGCCCAAAGGACAGAAUUAAUAGCAGCCAGGCUAAGGAAACGCUGAUUCAGGACAAAUUCAGGAAGUCCCUGCCAAGCUCAAAGAGUGCAUCUCAAAAACCAAGUGGCAAAACCCGACCGUUGCAACCCCCUCAGUCGCUUGCUGUUUCUACUAAUUUGCUACACAAAAAACCAGCAGUAAAACAUGAAAAAAUGAGUACAGCAGGGCAACCCGUAGGAAAGCCACUUGGCACGCUUCUGGGGGGAAGUCUUCAGCACUGCAGUAGAGCUCCCCAAGCAAAAAGAUCUCCACCAAAGCCUCCAGCCUCCAGCAGGCCCCUGGGGACCGCAAACCUGGGGUCCACGAGGAGCUCCAGCGUGAAGCUGGGCGCCGCAGUGUCGGGGCAAAGGCCCGCAGUUAAAGGGGGGGCAGAGAGGAAGGACGUGAAGGUGCCGCGCGGACACACGGCAGCGUCCCGAGCGAGAGCCGCUGUGGGCCGGCCUCACAGCCCCAAAACUCAAGCGGCCGAGAGCAGGAGAGAGAGGCUGAACCCGGAGCUGCUGCAGGCGCGUGGGGUGCACGCGGGGCGCGUCCCCAAGACCCAGACGGCUGAGGAUCGGAGGAGACAACUGGAGCAGUGGUUGGCAUCCAAAGGCAAGUCCUACAAACGGCCACCUAUGACGCUGCCCCAAAAAAAGCCAGAGAGAAAGAAGCUGCCCUUCUGGAGCACUGUCAAGGAGGAAGAGAAAGCAGAGAAGCCCGAGCAGCUCCACUUGGACAAAAUCAACAACCUGCUAACUGAGUACCUGAAGCUCAUCGAGGAGGGUGUCCAGUCAGAGGAGUUGUCUGCAAUUCUGUCCCACGAGCCCCGAGCAGAGAAAUGCGCCAAGUUCUGGAUCUGCAAAGUGAAGCUGCUCGCCCGGAGCGGCCCCUUUGACGUGAUGGAGCUGUACGAAGCCGCAGUCUGCGCCGGUGCUACCCCACUCCAGGAGCUCAGAGAAGUUGUUCUUGAUAUUCUGAAGACUGCAGGCCAACCACCAGGAGGGGAGAAGGCUGAGCAGCCCGCACCCUGGGAGCCCACAGCGCCUUGCCUGGCAGAGAGGCAGCACACGGAAUCGACUCCCAGCAUGGCAGGGAGCUCCCUGCCCAGCCUGCCCGUCUCCUCCAUCAAACUGCAGGUUACAUCCGUACCCAGGGGAAGGGAGCUGCCAGAAGGCCAGGAGCUGAAAUUCCUGACGCCAGUGCGGCGCUCGCUGCGGAUAGAGAGGGCAGUGAGCUGCUACCCGGUGAUGCUGAAGGACCACGACCCUGUCGUGUCAUCCCUCAAUGAAAUCCUGGAUGACGACGAGGAGACACAGUACUUUUUCCGGAAAAACAAGGCUUUGCCGGAGGUGGCAGAGGUGGAGGUUUUGAAGUUGUAGCCCCGAAGUGCUCCCCGAGGGGCGCAGGCUGCUGGCUCCCCCGUGCUUCCUGCUGUCAUGCACUUACUUCACGCACUUCUCUUGUUUCCUCUCAGAUGUAAAUACGUAGGGGCGGCAUGUAAUUAGCCUUUUCCACUGUUUUCAAAUACUAAAAAACUUUCAGCAGA